UGUUGGACAAACUGCUGGUGCCUUUGCUGCUGCAUGUUGCAAUCAUCCUGAGCCGUUGACUGCCAGUACGUAGCUUCCAACAGUUAGCUAGAGAUUUCGUAAGCGUCUGGAAGAUGUGUAAACAAAAGGGAUGAUAAGGAAUUAGUAAUGUGAUAUGAUUUUCAUCGACGUGCAAUAAUUAUUAUGCACGCGACUGCAAUCAUUACGUGGUGGUAUAUACGCGCAGGUCAGAGGCGCUGGGGGUUCCUGGGAGAAGGCAGAGUCCGAAGCGUGCGUUCACGAGAGCGCGCGUCGGCGCGGGGUACCGAUGGACGAGAAGAGGGCGGCGCGGACGCCGCGAGCUGGAGCGCGGAACGCGGUGAACGGCGGCGAGUCGGGAUGUUGCAGCGAGAAGGCUGCGCGGUGGGGAUGGCGCGCGCCGGUGGAGGUGGCCGUGGUCGGGUUCGUCGCCACCUUGACGUUGCUCGUUCUACUGUACGGCGGCACGGGAAGCUUGCUGUCGUUCACCUCGCCGAGGACGGAGUUUGUGCAGAAGCUUGCAGCUGCCGCAGCAUCACCUUCCCACGGAGCACCGGAAGACACGCCCGAGACGUCGACUCGGCACGACGACGACCGUCUCCUCGGCGGACUGCUCUCUCCGGCCUUCGACGAGCAUUCCUGCCGUUCCCGGUACACGUCGUCCCUCUACCGCCGCCGUUCACCGUUCCGCCCGUCCACCUACCUCGUCGAGCGACUCCGGCGGUACGAGGCCCGGCACAAGCGGUGCGGCCCCGGCUCCGCCCUUUUCCAGGAAGCCGUCGAGCACCUGCGCUCCGGCCGCAACGCCGCGCGCUCCGAGUGCCAGUACGUGGUGUGGACGCCGUUCAACGGGCUCGGCAACCGCAUGCUCGCGCUCGCGUCAACCUUCCUCUACGCGCUCCUCACCGACCGCGUCCUGCUAGUGCACGCGCCGCCGGAGUUCGACGGCCUCUUCUGCGAGCCCUUCCCCGGAAGCUCAUGGACAUUGCCCGCCGACUUCCUGAUCACCGACUUCGACGGCGUCUUCACCAUGUGGUCGCCGACGAGCUACAAGAACAUGAGGCAGGCCGGCACGAUAAGCAACGCUACCGCGGAGCAGAGCCUGCCAGCCUACGUGUUCCUUGAUCUCAUCCAGUCGUUCACCGAUGCCGCCUUCUGCGACGACGACCAGCAGGUCCUAGCCAAGUUCAACUGGAUGGUGAUAAAGUCCGACGUCUACUUCGCCGCCAUGUUAUUCCUCAUGCCGGCCUAUGAGCGCGAGCUGACGCAGCUGUUCCCGGAGAAGGAGGCCGUGUUCCACCACCUGGCGCGGUAUCUCUUCCAUCCGUCGAACGACGUGUGGGGCAUCGUGCACAGGUUCUACGAGGCCUAUCUCGCCAGGGCCGACGAGCUUGUCGGCCUCCAGGUGCGCGUGUUCCCGGAGAUGCCCAUACCGUUCGACAACAUGUACGAGCAGAUCAUCCGGUGCUCGGAGCAGGAGGGGUUGCUGCCCAAGCUAGGACAGACGGUCGUCGUCACCGCGGCGAACGGCUCGUCGGUGGUGGCGCCGAGCACGAAGCUGACUUCCAUACUGGUGACGUCGCUGUUCCCGGACUACUACGACCGCAUCCGCGGCGUGUACCACGCGAGGCCGACGGAGACAGGGGAGUACGUAGCGGUGCACCAGCCGAGCCACGAGCGGGAGCAGCGCACGGAGGCGCGCGGCCACAACCAGCGCGCGCUGGCCGAGAUAUACCUGCUGAGCUUCUGCGACCGCGUCGUGACGAGCGCCGUGUCGACGUUCGGGUACAUCGCGCACGGGCUAGCCGGGGUGCGGCCGUGGGUGUUGCUGCGGCCGCCGUCCCCGGUGGCGCGCGCCGAGCCGGCGUGCGUCCGGUCGGAGACCGUCGAGCCGUGCCUGCAGGCGCUGCCUCGACGGAUGUGCGGCGCGGCGGAAGGCAGUGACAUUGGGGCUCUGGUGCCUCAUAUCCGGCAUUGCGAGGAUGUACAAAAAGGUGUGCACGCAUGCAGUUCCUUGACCAAUUCUCACAUCAACCACGAGCAUGCAUCGCACACAUGCAUAACCAUGACACGACAUGAUUAUUUCGAGCAGAGGCUGGCCACCAGCGGGCCGAGCCGCGGAGAACGAGGCGAGGCGGUGGGGAAGGCUCCGGCGAGCCUCCGCGCGCGCCGCGCUGGUGCUCUGCUCGCUGACGAUGAUUCCAGUCGUCGUCGUCCUCCACCGGUGUGCGGUCUCCUCCUCCUGGCCGGAUCGGGUUUUCGAAGCCAAGCACAUCGCGGGAGCCGGCGAGCAAGAUGACAAGGAACUACAGUACUCCUGUACAACCCAAAAAUGACUCUUCGUUUCCUUCAAUUAUGUUGUAACCCCUGUUUUCAACUCUAAUUAUGAUUUCACUAAUAUUUCUCCUGCUUUUUUUUCUAACUCUGUCCUUAUUUUUCUGAAAUGAAGCUUGUAUUUAUCCCCAUUACGUUAAGGUGAUAUAAUAGGAUAAACUUCAUGUAUAAACCAUUUUACUCGUUUCAACAUGAUCUUUUUACUUAUUCAAUUAAAAAAAAGUGAGGCAUAAACUUAACAUAAAUCUGUCCACUGUUUUGACAUCAAUAUUAAAACAGUUAAAGAUGUGUUCGGGAGGUGAGGACCUCCCGCGCACGUAGAAUGGAGCGACGUAUUAUGAUUAAUUAAUACUUUGCUUUUUUAAAAAGAAUGGAUUAAUAUGAUUUUUAAAGCAACUUUCGUAUAGUUUUUUUUUCAGAAAAUAUAUCGUUUAGCAGUUUGAAAAGCGUGCGCGCGAAAACGAAGGGAGGUGAGUUAGGAAAGUUAGGGAAAGAACUAAGCUAAGUCGUCAUUUUGACGUAAUAGUGCAAUUAGAAGGUUCAUUUUUAUAUAGGGAGAAAUCACAAAACUAAAAGGAGUAAAAAUCAUAACUUGCGUUAAAAAUGAAGAUAAAAAUAUAGAACCGCUAGCUCCUUUUAUGUUUGAACUUGCACUUACGUGUAGGUGUGGUAUAUGUGCGUAGGGGUGUGCGCACAUGUAGUCUUCCAUCAUGUAAUCGGGAAAAAUAGUUAUACAUAGAGGGAUGCACGUGACAUUACUCCUUCCGUUUUCCAAUAUCCGGUAAUUUUGAUUUCUCCUUUUAAACUUUGGCCAUUAGCUGUCUUUAAUUGUUAUGUAGAAGUUAACAAUAGUUGUAUGAUUAAAUUUAGGACAUACCCAUUUCAAUAACAUGGCAUCAAUUUUAGUGUUCAUAAAUAUUAAAAAUGAAACGAGUGAUCCAAAAGCCAAAUGUGUCCUGUAUAAUAACUAAACGAAGGGAGCUAAUUAAUACUCCAUGAUUAUGAACAUCCAUGAUCAAAACUCGUAGGACUCAUUUGAAACACAGAAUUGAAUAAAAAAGAGAAGUAUAAAAAAUAAUACAAGAUUUUGAUUAAGAUAUUUUGUUUUGCUUAUUUUGAUAGGAGUACAAUCGCAAAAUAGAGAACUGCAAAUAUAUGGAAAUCACUGUCUGAUUAAGCUGUUGGAAAAACAUAAAUCAGAAAUCGGAUGCGAGAUAGACUGAUAGAAAAAUUUUUAAGAGGUUAGAGUUAUUGCUAGUAAGUUUUUUUUUUUUUGCCAAAUUUCACGUGCAACGACUCAAUGAGCCAUUCUACAGGGAUUUUAUAGGAUUAAAAAAAUCUCCAAUCCUUUAUACUACCUCCGUCCCAUAAUAAUUGUAUUUAUACUCUUCAAAUUUUGUCCUACAAAAAUUGUAUUUCUGAUAAGAUGAGACCCACAAAUGGAAUUUGUAUCCCAACCUUCCUUUUAAUUAAGUUUACAUAUGGAAUGUGUGCCUCAACCUUUCUUUUAACAAAGUAUACAUAUGAAAUAUAUGCAUGCAAUGUAGUUAUUAAAUAGGGUUAUUGUGGUAAAUUGUGUUUGUUGUUAAUAUGUCUCUAAUUCCCUAGAAAUGUAAUUAUUAUGGGACGGAGGGAGUAUCAAAAGGUCAAAUAGAAAAAAAAAUCUAUAGAAAUUAAAUCCUAUGAUUUUUUUCUCACAAAUUCUUUUGAUUCAAAUUGGCCCUAAAAAUGUAAGGGUGUGUUUAGUUCACGCUAAAAUUGGAAGUUUUGCUGAAAUUGAAACGAUGUGAUGAAAAAGUUGAAAGUUUGUUUGUGUAGAAAAGUUUUGAUGUGAUAGAAAAGUUAAAAGUUUGAAACUAAACUCGGCCUAAGACGGGAUGUAAAAUUGGACGAGGAGAUUACAAAAUUAUUACAUGUACUCUACUGUGCCAUUACGGUCCGACCCCACCAACCACUACUGGCUCAGACACGUUGUCUACC